GGAUCAUUGCAGUAAUUGCAUUGUUGCAGUUUACUUAAAAUAUGCUAGACUCAAGAGAGAGAUUAAGAUUAAUCGUGAUCAGUUACCAGAGAAAGAAGAACUGGAGAGAGAACUAACAUUACACCAUGCUUUGUCAGUAUUAUGAGCAAGUGGUUCAGAGCAGGAAUGACACUGGACUCCAGCUAAUAGAGAGGAAUGAAGAAGUCUGUGUCUUCCAUGAGAAGAUUAAUGUACAAGCUACAAUAACACAGCAGGGGAUUGCUAAGCUAGCUGAAAAAGAGGAAGAAGUGCAGUUCCUUAAAAUGGAGCUUGCUAGACUCCAGAGAGAGAUUAAGAUUAAUCGUGAUCAGUUACCAGAGAAAGAAGAACUGGAGAGAGAACUAACACUACACCAGAACAUGUUAUUAUCAACAAAGGAGUCAUUGAAGUGUUUGGAGGAGGAGAUGUGUGAUGCCAGGAACCCAGAGAGGGUUAGACUAUUAGCAGGAAAGGAUCCAUCCUGUAAGGAACUAAGAGAAAGAGUACAGAAGCUUCAGGAUCAACUAUCUGAGCGUGAACAUCAACUGCUAGAGAAGGAGCUGCUAAUGGAACAGAUCCAGAGGUUGCUAGGCAGAACACAAAAGAAAGUAGAAGCAAGGAAAGAAACUACAUUCCAGGUUGGAACAAAAGGGAAUCACUAUCAGUCCAAACUGAGGGAACUGACUAAGAAGAUAAGGUCAAAUAUAUCAGAACUAUCAGUACAACAAGUGAGGAGGGAGAAGGAGAAAGGAGAGAGAAAAACAUACUCUAAAUUAUAG